AUGUGUCGUGGGCUGAAGAGAGAGACCCCUGAGUCCCUGGGGCAUCUCAAUGGUACUAAGUGGACUCUGUACGUGUGUACUGUAGGUGCACAUGUGCAUCUCCUCUCCUUCAUCUUCACUGAACUGAAAUCAACAGUCCCCCAUGGUUACACAACGUUCCCAAAGCACCCAUAGUGACGUGUGGAAAUGUGAUCAACCAUGGAGGAAUGUUUACUUCUCAGCUCUGAGUGAAACUCAGCAGAGACAGGGUUAAUAAUAACAUAGUAGUAAUCACUGUUACUUCAUGUGUCCGAAGGAAAAACAAGACCAAGCAUCCUCCGGCCAAUGGAGAGAAGGGCACCUCAGUAGACAUGGUGAGUUAUUUUCAUUUCCCCUUCUCUUUUCCUUACCCCUCCUAGGUACUCAUUUCAUUGUAUGUUUUAUGUUGUGUAUUUCAGACCUAGCAUCCAUUGCGCCCCAUCCACAAUCCCUUCACCGUUAUUUGUUAUCGACCCUCGCAAUAAAUUGCUUUCCUACUUCCUGUCACAUGACUUUGAGUGCUCACUCCACCACCCAGCAUAAAAGUUAAAAUAUCUUUCACCCACAUUUUUUGCAGAAGGUGGGAACCAAACAACAGGCAUAUCAAACACAUCUAGAACCACCCGUCUCUAUGUACCUCUGUUAUCUCUCUCUCUCUCUCUCUCUCUCUCUCUCUCUCUCUCUCUCUCUCUCUCUCUCUCUCUCUCUCUCUCUCUCUCUCUCUCUCUCUGUGCAGGGUGCUCUCCGUCAGCCCAAGAACAGCUCCAUGAGUAAAUCUGACACCAGGCUGCAUGAGAUCAACCGCCUGCCCUGCAACGGCAACAGUGAGUAACAAUACUAACAACCAGCGGCCAAUAAUAUGAAAACUAGCGGUACAUAGCGGAGAUGGAAACUAUGUAACAAUGACCCGAUAGUAAAGGUCCCCCUCCUUCUCACUCGCUCUAGGUGGGGGUAAGAACCGUCCAGCCAGUAUGGAUCUUCUCCUCCUCCACAGCCGUCGCUCCACAUCUGACCUCCGGCCCCCCCUGGUCCGCCUACUCCCCCAGAUCCCCACCAGCCCAGUGGGGGAAGGAGACCCCGAGGGGGGAGACAUUCGGGGGGGAGGAGGAGACGGGGUCAGAAACCACACCUACACUGAGGUGGGAAUCCGGAACUCACCCGUCCGUUGCCUUGAUGAUGGGCUGUAUGAGGUUGUAGGGGUUCGAGAGGCGGAUACGGUGCUUCCCGCUCCCCCUCCCACGUCGGCCAACACCCCGGCAACACUGAGGGCCUCACAGAGCCCCAAUGGGACCCACACCAAUGUGGUACACAACGGGAACGGGAAUGGAAAUGGGAAUGUGCGUAUUUAUGCUAUGAAAACUACACAAUAGAAGUGUUGACAUAAAGUCAUCAUCGGAGACACUUGACAUUGUGAAUGCCUGCCUGUAAAAAUGACUGUCAGUUUUGCUAUUUAGCUUUUCUUUGGUUGGUCCAGUGGAAUGACCAGGACCUUUCACCUCUGUGUGUUUGUGUGUGUAUCUGUAUGUAUCUGACAGGGGAAGGGCAGAGGAGCUGUUAAUGGCAGUAGCACUCUUGGUAGAGGAGGAGGGAAGGGGCCCAACGGUGCUAACGGUGUUAACGGAUCUAGCGGCUCGCUCCUGUCCUCCCUUCCCUCCCUGGCCAUCCAGGACCCAGUAAUGGCAGAAUACGCCUCCAUCCGGAAGGUCAAGAAGGUAAACAGUGUUUUUACAACUGCUUUCCAAUGGAGCUCUGGAACAACAUUAUAUGAAUUUGAUAUGAAUUUGUACUCAUUUCUAAUUAAAUAAAAUGUAUUAAGGUGAACAAGGCAAUGAAGAACGAGAUAGGGAACACAGAGUCAGAUGACCAAUCAAGUGUCCAAUCAAGUGUGGGAGAGUCACCCUCUGCCCCACCCGCUCUGCUGUCCUGCAGCCAGGAGUUUCCACGGAAACAGCUGGAGCCAUUCCACCUGCACGUCUUCCCGAAGGUACAUCCCCUGUAGGGCACUUAUGGACAGAGAUUCAGUAUAUAUGGUGUAAUUCUUCACCAGCUUGUGCAGAUGCUGAAUGGCAGCGAUAUUACCUGUCAAUUCCACCAUUUAACCACCAGAGGGAACUAUGUCCUACAGAUUGUUCUUCUUUCUUCUCUGUACCCAGUGUUUAAGCUCAGAGGGAGAGUAUAAUGUUUACUGUUAAUUUUUGAUUGUUUAUUUCACUUUUGUUUGUUAUUUAUUUCACUUCCUUUGGCAAUGUAAACAUACAGUAUGUUUUCCAUGCCAAUAAAACCCUAACGCUCCAGGUUGAAGUUGCCCCUAACCACAAGUUUAGGAUCAGAUCACCCUAACCCCAAUCCUAAUCUUAACCAUUGGGAGGAAAAAUGUGAAACUGGCCUUAGAUCAGCGUGUAAGGAGCAGUUCCGGCCUGAUUUUAAUCACUAUUUCCAGCCACAUGGGCACAGCCUCUAAUGGCCUUAUCUCUCAACAUUACUAAAAGUCAGAUCUUCACAGAUUAUGUCUAAAGGGAAAGAAGCUAAAUUGAUAAAGGGAUGACAAACUCUUCAUCUUUCAUUCUUUAGUUGUUAGACUAUGUCCCACAAACAUGAUUCAAUCUCAUUGUUAAGUGUGCCCCGGGCCUGAUAUCAUUCUCUACCCAGAUAAGCCUGUUGGAAAUAGUGUUUAUAAACAGUCAAGGCCAAUUUGGGGGCUGCACUGAAGGAGGGAAAUGGAGGGACAAUGAUUGGUUAAAGAUCAAACUUUCUUGGCAGUCCUACCUGUUUUUUCUUACUGUGUGUGUGUGUGUAUGUGUGUGCAUGCGUGAGUGUGUGUGUGUGUGUGUGUGUUCAUGCAUGCAUGCGUGAAUGUGUGAAUGAACAGGGUGAAUGUAAUUUGCUCCGUCACAGGUUUGGAGAGAUUGACAGAACUGUGAACACCAUGUUAUUUUAGCAGUGGGUCUGUGUUGUUGUAAUAUGCUCUACUUAUUGUCCCCCACGACGAAAUUAGGGAGGGGAGUGUGGAUCUGUCUCCAUCCAUCCGUCAGUUCGUACGUUAGUCACACACCAUAUCUCAGACAGCACUGGACGGAUUUUGACGAAACUUGGGUGAAUGAUGUGUCUUGCCAUAGAGAGCCGGUAUUUACAAAAUUACACUUGUUGGCCCAAGGUGGCGGGGGCUAUGGUAAUUAACUGAAAUGUGUUAGUCACACGUGAUAUCUCAAUUGGCCCAAGGUGGCGGGGGCACCGCAUCAUUCGUGGGGGACGACAUGUUUACUGUUGCCUUGUUUUCUACUGUAUUUAUGUGUUAGUAUGUACACUGUAUAUCAAUAGAAUGUUUAAUAAGAAGUGUGUGUGGAAUGUGAGCAUGUGUACAGUAUCUGUGUGAAUGAAUCAAAAUCUAAUUUUAUUUGUCACAUGCAUCCAAUACAAUGGGUGUAGACUUUACUGUGAAAUGCUUGCUUACGAGCCCUUCCCAAUGAUGCAGAGUAAAACAAUUAUAAUAAGAAUAAACAUUUUAACAUAAGAGGAAUAAAAUACACAAGAAUGGAGCUAAAUACAGGGAGUACCAGUACCAGGUCAAUGUGCAGAGGUACUUGAGGUAGAUAUGUACAUGAAGGCAGGGUAAAGUGACUAGGCAUCAGGAUAGAUAACAAUAAGAAUCAAAUGAAGAACAGUGUAGCACAAGCAAAUGAUGAGUGUAAAAGUGUGUUGUAGUGGACAGUGCAUUCGGAAAGUAUUCAGACCGCUUCCCUUUUCCACAUUUUGUUAUGUUACAGUCUUGUUCUAAAAUGUAUUAAAUAAAAAAAUGUCCUCAUUCAUCUACACACACUACCCCAUAAUGACAAAGAUAAAACAGGUUUUUAGAAAUGUGUGCAAAUGUGUAAAAAAAAACAAAAAACAUAAAUACUUUAUUUACAUAAGUAUUCAGACCCUUUGCUAUGAGACUCGAAAUUGAGCUCAGGUGCAUCCUGUUUCCAUUGAUCAUCCUUGAGAUGUUUCUACAACUUGACUGGAGUCCACCUGUGGUAAAUUCAAUUGAUUGGACAUUUAAUUUUUUUAUUUAACUAGGCAAGCCAGUUAAGAACAAAUUCUUAUGUACAAUGACAGCCUACACCGGCCAAACCCAGACGACGCUGGGCCAAUUGGGCGCUGCCCUAUGGGACUCCCAAUUACGGCCGGUUGUGAUACAGCCUGGAAUCGAACCAGGGGUCUGUAGUGACGCCUCAAGCACUGAGAUGCAGUGCCUUAGACCGCUGCGCCACUCGGGAGCCCACUUGGGAGGACAUGAUUUGGAAAGGUGACCAGGAACCCAAUGGUCACUCUGACAGAGCUCCAGAGUUCCUCUGUGGAGAUGGGAGAACCUUCCAGAAGGACAACCAUCUCUGCAGCACUCCACCAAUUAGGCCUUUAUGGUAGAGUGGCCAGACGGAAGCCAUUCCUCAGUAAAAGGCACAUGACAGCCAGUUUGCCAAAAGGCACCUAAAGGACUCUCAGACCAUGAGAAACAAGAUUCUCUGGUCAGAUGAAACCAAGAUUGAACUCUUUGGCCUGAAUGCCAAGCGUCACUUCUGGAGGAAACCUGGCAUCAUCCCUACGGUGAAGCAUGGUGUGUCAGCAUCAUGCUGUGGUGAUGUUUUUCAGCUGCAGGGACUGGGAGACUAGUCAGGAUCAAGGGAAAGAGGAAUGGAGCAAAGUACAGAGAUCCUUGAUGAAAACCUGCUCCAGAGCGCUCAGGACCUCAGACUGGGGCAAAGGUUCACCUUCCAACAGGACAACGACCCUAAGCACACAGCCAAGACAAUGCAGGAGUGGCUUCGGGACAAGUCUCUGAAUGUCCUUGAGUGGCCCAGCCAGAGCCCGGACUUGAACCUGAUCGAACAUCUCUGGAGAGACCUGAAAAUAGCUGUGCAGCGAUGCUCCCCAUCCAACCCGACAAGGCUUGAGAGGAUCUGCAGAGAAGAAUGGGAGAAACUUCCCAAAUACAGGUGUGCCAAGCUUGUAGCAUCAUACCCAAGAAGACUCAAGGCUGUAAUCGCUGCCAAAGGUGCUUCAACUGUAAAGGGUCUGAAUACUUAUGUAAAUUUGAUAUUUUAGUUAAAAUGUUUUAUACAUUUUUUUGCUUUGUCAUUAUGGGGUAUUGUGUGUAGAUUGAUGAGGGAAAAAAACUAUUUAAUUCAUUUUAGAAUAAGGCUGUAACGUAACAAAAUGUGGAAAAAGUCAAGGGGUCUGAAUACUUUCCAAAUGCACUGUAUGUGAAUGUGUGUGGGUUUUGUGUUUCAGUGUAGUGUGUGUGAGUUGGUACACUACAUUACCUUCCACAAACUGUUGCCACAAAGUUGGAAGCACAGAAUCGUCUAGAAUGUCAUUGUAUGCUGUAGCGUUAAGAUUUCCCUAUUACGAACCAUGAAAACAGCCCCAGACCAUUAUUCCUCCUCCACCAAACUUUACAGUUGGCACUAUGCAUUCGGGCAGGUAGCGUUCUCCUGGCAUCCGCCAAACCCAGAUUCAUCUGUCGGACUGCCAGAUGGUGAAGCGUGAUUCAUCACUCCAGAGAACGCGUUUCCAAUGCUCCAGAGACCAAUGGCAGCGAGCUUUAGACCACUCCGGUCGACGCUUGGCGUUGCGCAUGGUGAUUUUAGGCAUAUGUGUGGCUGCUAGGCCAUGGAAACCCAUUUCAUGAAUCUCCCAACGAACAGUUCUUGUGCUGACGUUGCUUCCAGAGGCAGUUUGGAACUUGGUAGUGAGUGUUGCAACCGAGGACAGACGGUUUUUACGCGCUACACACUUCAGCACAUGGCAGUCCCGUUAUGUGAGCUCGUGUGGCCUACCACUUCGCGGCUGAGCCGUUGUUGCUCCUAGUCGUUUCCACUUCACAAUAACAGCACUUACAGUUGACGGGGCAGCUCUAGCAGGGCAGAAAUUUGACGAACUGACUUGUUGGAAAGGUGGCAUCCUAUGACGGUGCCACAUUGAAAGUCACUAAGCUCAUCAGUAAGGCCAUUCUACUGCCAAUGUUUGUCUAUGGAGAUUGCAUGGCUGUGUGCUUGAUUUUAUACACCUGUCAGCAACGGGUGUGGCUGAAAUAGCCAAAUCCACUCAUUUGAAGGGGUGUCCACAUACCUUUGUAUAUAUAGUGUAUAUAGUGUGUAUAUAGAAUAAAACUAUAUAAAAAAUAAAUACAACUGUGUGUACAUAUUAUGUGUCAUCUCACUCUCUCUAGUAUGUCCUUGAGAGAGAGCUUGUUUUUGUCUAUUUAGUGUGUGUGUGUUUUAGAGAAAGCCAGUGAGCGUGCUCUCUUGUUUGUGGUCAUGUUUAUGCCUGUGUACUAUGUGUGGAUGUGCUCCAUAGCGUGUGUGUGUGUGUGUGUGUGUUUGUGAGUGUGUGUUGUGUGUGUUUGUUUGAGAGUGUGUGUUGUGUGUGUGUGUGUGUGUGUGUGUGUGUGUGUGUGUUUGUGAGCCUGCGACCCAGCCCUUCUCCUGCUUUGUGGAGCACAUGUUGUGUGACUGGCCAGCGAAGCAGAGGGGCCGAUUAUGCAAGAGCCUGCCUGGCUGCCAAGUCGUGUGUAUUCUUGUGCAUGCAAUCGUUUUUAGAAUAUAAAUUAAACCUGCAACUAUGAGAUUGUAUUAACAAGCACAAUUGACAAACUUUUCAGGAACUUGAAUUGUGUUUACUAAUGUUGCUGAUUAAAACAUUCAUGGUGAUUCUUUCAGCUAAAUAAAGAUGUCCCUUUUUUAUUACCAUCACUUGAGACUGAGAAACCUCUGACUGAUCGGCCAAGAGUUAAAAAAUAUCCACUGUUGAAGAAGAAAAUCUGAUUUGAUGGCAGCAUCUGAUUGUGGUUAUGAUUGAUGUCUGGACAGCUGUGUGGGCUGUCUUCUGAGACACACACACACACACACACACACACACACACAGACACACACACACAGACACACACACACAGACACACACACACAUACAAACACACACACACACACACACACACACACACACACACACACACACACACAUACACAGACACACACACACACACACACAGACACACACGCAAACACACGUGGGCAGCAUCUUUCAUCUGGGGGCCAUGGGUAUAUGAAACACACAAUUCAUAAAUCAUCUCAAUUUCCUCAAACAUUUUGCUCUCUCUCUAUCUGACUCUUUUGUUGUGAUCAGUUAUAUUUAUAUGAAAAAUGCCAACCAGAAGGACCAGAGACGGAGUAGUAUGGUGGAGGGGAGACUUAAAGUAAACCUGAUGGCAUAGUCAAGUUGCAUAGAGAUUGUAUGCUGUAAAUGGGGAGACAUUUGCUAGUACUCUAAAUGUCCACUUACAAAUGUGUGAACAGAGAUGAUUUGAUGCCAGAACAUAAUUUAAUUAAUAUGCACAACCCAAACCAUUUCAACAACCAUGUCAUUCCUCUUUACAAACACAGUCCCUCACCGUUCUCCUAUAAGACCAGUGGUGGGACGGAUGUGUGUAGACAGUCACAUGAGAUCCACCUGUUUGUGGACUAAAACACACAAACACAAACACUCCUCCCACUCCUUGCAGUUCAGUGUGGACUGUGUUUACCUGUCCGACAAGCGUACCACUUCCUACUCCCACAAGCCUCUGGAUAAACAUUUACAAGAGAACACACACACACUCAGUGUUUGUUUUACAUGGGCGUCCUGUUUCGUCUGUCCAUGUAUCUGCAGGCCGGACAUAAAGCUGAGGUUACCUACCAGAGAUAAUCUACUGCGUGUGUGUUAUUAUGCUUGUCUCUGUGUAUGCAAAACGUCUGUCUCUUUGAGUUAUUUUGCUGGGAUUUAUACCGGAUGUUGUUAAUUACAAAGCCUAUACUCAACUAUAAAGGAGUUGGUCAAAGCCAUAACCGAUCUGGGCCCUGGGCCCAUAUUCAAAAAGCGUCUCAAGAGUACGAGUGCUGAUCUAGGAUCAGGUCCAUAUAAUCAUGUUCAUUAUGAUCUACCGUUUAGGCUCUAAUAGUGAAUAUGGGCCUUGGCGACAAGGCUGCCAGCUGAGCCCUCACCUCUGUUCUUUGUGUGUCCACCAGGAGACGGUGUUCAUGGGGAAUGGGGAACAGUACAUCUGGAAGCCCCCUGAGGACAAUGACAUCAUCACCCUGCACCCAGCGCCUGCACCCCCGGGGGAGAAUGGACAGGGAUACACGCCUACAGCCAUGGAGGUUAGGGAUGUGACUGUGUGUGUGUGUGUGGGUGUGUGUGUGUGUGUGUCAGGGAGAGAAUUGUGUGUGUGCAUUGAUUAGGUAAUAUACAGUGAGGGAAAAAAGUAUUUGAUCCCCUGCUGAUUUUGUACGUUUGCCCACUGACAAAGAAAUGAUCAGUCUAUAAUUUUAAUGGUAGGUUUAUUUGAACAGUGAGAGACAGAAUAACAAACAAAAAAUCCAGAAAAAUGCAUGUCAAAAAUGUUAUAAAUUGAUUUGCAUUUUAAUGAGGGAAAUAAGUAUUUGACCCAUCUGCAAAACAUGACUUAGUACUUGGUGGCAAAACCCUUGUUGGCAAUCACAGAGGUCAGACGUUUCUUGUAGUUGGCCACCAGGUUUGCACACAUCUCAGGAGGAAUUUUGUCCCUCUCUUCUCCAAGUCAUUAAGGUUUCGAGGCUGACGUUUGGCAACUCGAACCUUCAGCUCCCUCUCUUCUAUGGGAUUAAGGUCUGGAGACUGGCUAGGCCACUCCAGGACCUUAAUGUCCUUCUUCUUGAGCCACUCCUUUGUUGCCUUGGCCGUGUGUUUUGGGUCAUUGUCAUGUUGGAAUACCCAUCCACGACCCAUUUCCAAUGCCCUGACUGAGGGAAGGAUACAGAUUUGACGGUAUAUGGCCCCCACAAUCAUCCCUUUGAUGCGGUGAAGUUGUCCUGUCCCCUUAGCAGAAAAACACCCCCAAAGCAUAAUAUUUCCACCUCCGUGUUUGACGGUGGGGAUGGUGUUCUUGGGGUCAUAGGCAGCAUUCCUCCUCCUCCAAACACGGCGAGUUGAGUUGAUGCCAAAGAGCUCCAUUUUGGUCUCAUCUGACCACAACACUUUCACCCAGUUCUCCUCUGGAUCAUUCAGAUGUUCAUUGGCAAACUUCAGACGGCAUGUAUAUGUGCUUUCUUGAGCAGGGGGACCUAGCGGGCGCUGCAGGAUUUCAGUCCUUCAUGGCGUAGUGUGUUACCAAUAGUUUUCUUGGUGACUAUGGUCCCAGCUGCCUUGAGAUCAUUGACAAGAUCCUCCUGUGUAGUUCUGGGCUGAUUCCUCACCGUUCUCAUGAUCAUUGCAACUCCACGAGGUGAGAUCUUGCAUGGAGCCCCAGGCCGAGGGAGAUUGACAGUUAUUUUGUGUUUCUUCCAUUUGCGAAUAAUCGCACCAACUGUUGUCACCUUCUCACCAAGCUGCUUGGCGAUGGUCUUGUAGCCCAUUCCAGCCUUUUGUAGGUCUACAAUCUUGUCCCUGACAUCCUUGGAGAGCUCUUUGGUCUUGGCCAUGGUGGAGAGUUUGGAAUCUGAUUGAUUGCUUCUGUGGACAGGUGUCUUUUAUACAGGUAACGAGCUGAGAUUAGGAGCACUCCCUUUAAGAGUGUGCUCCUAAUCUCAGCUCGUUACCUGUAUAAAAGACACCUGGGAGCCAGAAAUCUUUCUGAUUGAGAGGAGGUCAAAUACUUAUUUCCCUCAUUAAAAUGCAAAUCAAUUUAUAACAUUUUUUACAUGCGUUUUUCUGGAUGUUUUUUUUGUUAUUCUGUCUCUCACUGUUCAAAUAUACCUGCCAUUAAAAUUAUAGACUGAUCAUUUCUUUGUCAGUGGGCAAACGUACAAAAUCAGCAGGGGAUCAAAUACUUUUUUCCCUCACUGUAUGGUUUGUGUACAGCAAAUGUGUGUUAGCUUCAGACCUGGGGUCAAAUACUAUUUCAGGUAUUUCAAUUACUUUUCAGAAUAAAUUUCAAAACAUGUAUUCAGAUAACCUUUCUUUGAAAAAAAACAAGUUGUUGAAUAUUGGAAUGUAUUUGGAAACACUAAAAUACACUAAGUAAAAUACACUCCCAUGCAUUUCAAUCAAACUUUAUGUAUGUAGCACAUUGCUUACAGAGGAUGCAUUUCAAAGUGCUGAAACAAAUAAAAGAAUAAAGGCAAGAAAGAUAAAAACACAAGUUUUCUAUACAAAUAAGAAAUGAAGAUAGACAAGAAAACAAUAAAGAGGCAAAUGUAUUCUAUUUAUAUAGAAUGGGAUCAAAUAAAUACAUAUCUUGUAUGACUAAAGCACCCUAACUGUCACGGUCGUUGAAGAACGGGUCAGACCAAGGCGCAGCUUGAAAUGCAUACAUGUUUAUUAUAUAAACUAAACACACGAACAAAACAACAAAACAACGUAACGUGAAGUCCUCAGGCUAAACACAAUACAAGCCUAUACAGGGAACAAGAUCCCACAACUAAUGAUUGCAAACAGGCUACUUAAGUAUGAUCCCCAAUCAGAGACAACGAGCGACAGCUGCCUCUGAUUGGGAAUCACACCCGGCCAAACAUAGAAACACAAUACCUAGAAUGUAAACAUAGAUCUCCACACUCUGACUCAACAUACAAGUAUUCCAUAAGUCAGGUGGAGCGGACUGCUCUGGUUCCGGAGUGGAUCCGCUGACCGGAGCUGGAGUAGGCACCGGUGGAGCGGACUGCUCUGGCUCCAGAGUGGAGCCGCUGACCGGAGCUGGACUAGGCACCGGUGGAGCGGACUGCUCUGGCUCCAGAGUGGAGCCGCUGACCGGAGCUGGACUAGGCACCGGUGGAGCGGACUGCUCUAGCUCCGGAGUGGAGCAGCUGACCGGAGCUGUACUGGACCCCGGUGGAGCAGAAUGCUCUGGCUCCGGAGUGGAACCGCUGACCGGAGCUGGAUUGGGCACCGGUGGAGCGGACUGCUCUAGCUCCGGAGUGGAGCAGCUGACCGGAGCUGGACUGGACCCCGGUGGAGCAGAAUGCUCUGGCUCCGGAGUGGAACCGCUGACCAAAGCUGGAUUGGGCACCGGUGGAGCGGGCUGCUCUGGCUCCGGAGUGGAGCAGCUGACCGGUGCUGGACCAGGCACCGGUGGAACGGGCACGGGCCAUGCCGGACUGGGAACACGCACCACUGGCUUGGUGCGAGGAUCAGGCACGGGCCGGGCCGGACUGGAAACACGCACCACAGGUCUGGUGCGAGGAGCAGGGACGGGCCGUACUGGACUGGGAACACACACCACUGGCUUGGUUCGGGGAGCAGGUAUGGGGCGUACUGGGCUGGCGACACGCACCACUGGUUUUGUGCGAGGAGCAGGGAUGGGCCGUACCUGACUGUGAACACGCACCACUGGCUUGGUGCGAGGAGCAGAAACGGGCCGGGCCGGACUGGGAACACACACCACUGGCUUGGUGCGGGGAGCAGGUACGGGGCGUACCGGACUGGGAACCUGGAGGUCUACGACUGUCUCCGUCCUUUACACUCCGCGCCCCGUCCUCCUCCAGUGAGGACUCCUCCUUGAGCCCCCACGAGUGCAGUGGUCGGGGCUUCUCUCUGUCGAUCCCCGACCACCCUUUUAGCCCCCCCCCAAAAAAAAUAUUGGGGCAGUCUCUCCUUCUCCACCCUGAUCCCUUUCAGGGCCUCCAUCUGCUUGGCCAGAUCCUCUCUUAUCUCCCUCCAAGUCCAUACUCUCUGCUCCUCCUGGGCACGCUGCUUGGUCCAUUGGUGGUGGGAUCUUCUGUCAAGGUCGUUGAAGAACGGGUCAGACCAAGGCGCAGCGUGAAAUGCAUACAUGUUUAUUAUUAUAAACUAAACACACGAACAAAACAACGUAACGUGAAGUGAAGUCCUCAUGCUAAACACACAAUACAAGCCUAUACACGGAUCAAGAUCCCACAACUAAUGAUUGCAAACAGGCUACUUAAGUAUGAACCCCAAUCAGAGACAACGAGCGACAGCUGCCUCUGAUUGGGAAUCACACCCGGCCAAACAUAGAAACACAAUACCUAGAAUGUAAACAUAGAAAUAAUAACAUAGAUCUCCACACCCUGACUCAACAUACAAGAGUUCCAUAAGUCAGGGCGUGACACUAACUAUACUGAACAAAAGUAUACACACAACAUGCAACAAUUUUAAAGAUUUUACUGAGUUACAGUUCAUGUAAGGAAAUCAGUCAAUUGAAAUAAAUUAAUUAGGCCCUAAUCUAUGGAUUUCACAUGACUGGGAAUACAGAUAUGCAUCUGUUUGUCACAGACACCUUAAAAAAAUGGGCCUCACAAUGGGCCUCAGGAUCUCGUCACGGUAUCUCUGUGCAUUCAAAUUGCCAUCGAUAAAAUGCAAUUGUGUUUGUUGCUUAUGCCUGCCCAUACCAUAACCACACCACAACCAUGGGGCACUCUGUUCACAGCGUUGACAUCAGCACAAGGUGCACCUGUGUAAUGAUCAUGCUGUUUAAUCAGCUUCUUGAUAUGCCACACAAGUCAGAUGGAUAGAUUAUCUUGGCAAAGGAGAAAUGCUCACUAACAGGGAUGUAAACAAAUGUGUGCACAAAAUAUGAGAGAAAUAAUAUUUUUGUACAUAUGGAACAUUUCUGUGAUCUUUUAUUUCAGCUCAUGAAACAUGGGGCCAACACAUUACAUAUUGAGUUUAUAUUUUUGUUCAGUGUAAAAGCACCUUAAGAUCUGUCUUAAGGUCUUUCUUAAAAAUGCCUACAGUUUCUGAGGCCCUCAGAUUCUCUGGCAGGCUGUUCCAAAGGCCAAGACGAUAGUGACUGACCAAACGUUUUGGCCUUUGGAACCACUAAAAGACCAGAGGGACACACACACACAAUAUCUGAGAGACCGACCGGGCACAUAUCUUAAAAGCAUGUCAGACAUGUAUUCGGGUGUAAGGCCACGUAGUGCUUAAAAAAUCAAUAAAGCAAUUUUAAAAUCAACUCUAAAACUAACAGGCAACCAAUGCAGGGACUUUAAAAUAGGUGUUAUGUGUGCUCUCCCCCUAGUCUUGGUUAGCACAUGUACUGCUGCAUUUAGAAUUAAUUGAAGCUGGCCAGGUAUUUGAAAAUAGCAUUUGAAUUAAGUAUUUGAAUUUUUUUUAUUUUUAAUAUCCAUUAAAAUACUCAAAGAAAAGUACUUGUUUUGGAAUAUGUAUUUUAAAGUACUCAAAUACACAGACAAAAAGUAUUUAAAUAACAAAUACUCAAAUACACAUGUAUUUGAAACCAGGUCUGGUUAGCUUUAUGUGUGAAUUGUGGCAGAGGGGGUCAUGUUUACUAAGAGAGCUCUCCUCUUUGAUUGGCUGUGCCGUCAUAACACAGACAACCUUUAACAUCCAUGUCUUCCUGAGUCAAACUGGGUCAGGGGCCUGGUCUCUGGUUAAACUGCAGGGUCGGGUUACAGCCAUGUGGAACCCCAAUGUGGGGGUCGACCCAUAAACCAUAACCUCUACACCCUGACCCUUAGCUCUAACACAUCAGUCAAACUAUAGGACCAAGUGACACCCCAUUCCUCAUGUAGUGCAGUACUUUUGGCUCGGUUCCAGACCAGAAGUGAUUGGAAUGAUUGACAUGAGGAAUUAUGGGAUACUUUAGAGGGUCUCUUGGAAUGAGACAGUCAGGAGUCAGGAGGGUAAAGCAACCCCUCCCUCCCCAUCUCUCUCUCUCUCUCUCUCUCAAUUCAAUUCAAUUCAAUUUCAAUUCAAAGGGCUUUGAAUUGACAUGGGAAACGUAUGUUUACAUUGCCAAAGCAAGUGAAAUAGAUCAAACAAAAGUGAAAUAAACAAUCAAAAAUGAGCAGUAAACAUUACACUCACAAAAGUUUCAAAGGAAUAGAGACAUUUCAAAUGUCAUAUUAUGGCCAUAUACAGUGUUGUAACGAUGUGCAAAUAGUUAAAGUACAAAAGGGAAAAUAAAUAAAAAUAAAUAUGGGUUGUAUUUACAAUGGUGUUUGUUCUUCACUAGUUGCCCUUUUCUUGUGGCAACCGGUCACAAAUCUUGCUGCUGUGAUGGCACACUGUGGUAUUUCACCGAAUAGAUAUGGAAGUUUAUCAAAAUUGGAUUUGUUUUCGAAUUCUUUGUGGCUCUGUGUAAUCUGAGGGAAAUAUGUGUCUCUGAUAUAGUCAUACAUUUGGCAGGUCGUUAGGAAGUGCAGCUCAGUUUCCACCUCAUUUUACAUUUUAGUCAUUUAGCAGACGCUCUUAUCCAGAGCGACUUACAGUUAGUGAGUGCAUACAUUUUCAUACUGGCCCCCCAUGGGAAUCGAACCCACAACCCUGGCGUUGCAAGCGCCAUGCUCUACCAACUGAGCUACACAGGGCAGUGUGCACAUAGCCUGUCUUCUCUUGAGAGCCAUGUCUGCCUGUGGUGGCCUCUCUCAAUAGCAAGGCUAUGCUCACUGAGUCUGUACAUAGUCAAAGCUUUCCUUAAUUUUGGGUCAGUCACAGUGGUCAGCUAUUCUGCCACUGUGUACUCUCUAUUUAGGGCCAAAUAGCAUUCUAGUUUGCUCUGUUUUUUUGUUAAUUCUUUCCAAUGUGUCAAGUAAUUCUCUUUUUAUUUUCUCAUGAUUUGGUUCUCUCUCUCUCUUUCUCUCUCUCUCUCUCUCUCUCUCUCUCUCUCUCUCUUAUGGAAGUUUAGAACUCUUACAUUUAUAAUACUACAGAAAACCUUCCCCAGGUUACCGUUCACACAAAUGCCUCUGGAAUUGUUAGGAUAACAUUUGUUUCCGUUCUUAAAGAUCUGGGUUAUGAGUCCUUGGUUCCAGAUGUCAGGGAAAUAACCUACACUCAGUAUCAAAUUAAACCAUUUUAAUAUAGCCAAUUUAAAGGUUUCACUAGUGAAUUUGAGCAUCUCAUUUAGGAUACCAUCAGAUCCUCAUGCUUUUUUGUUAUAGAAGUUUGGUAAUUCCAAUAAUUGGGAAGUCCAACGGAUUUAGAUUUUCCUUUAUAGCUUUUUCCAAUCCAUUCAACUUCUCAUGAAUGUGGCAUUGUUCUGCAUUUGCAUACAUUUUGUUUUAAAAUGGGUUGUCCAUAUAUCACCAUUUUGAAUCGCUAAUUCCUCUUGUUUCUAAAUUAUUAUUAUUUUUCCCCAAUUUUGCCAGAAGUUGUUUGUGUUUAUGAACUCCUCAAUUAGUAUCAGUUGCUUGCUGUUAUACUGGGCUUUUUUGGUUCUGAGUGUAUGUUUAUAGAGUUUUAAAGUAUCACAGUAAUGAAGGUGUAAUUCACCAUUAUUUGGGUCUUUGUGCUUUCGGUUUGAUAGUGUUCUGAGUUUUUACCUGAUAUUUUUACAAUCUGUAUAAAAGCAGUUGUCAUCUGUAUUUUUAUUUUUUUAUUUUUUUUAUAAAUCAAUUUCAGUUGUGCUUCCUUUGCUGUUUGCCUGAAUAUAUUGUUGAUGUUUUUUACUGCUAGAUUGAUGCCUUCUUUACUGUAAGUGUAUGUGGUAUCCAGAAAGUUAUCUAUAUAAAUAUAUCUAAUAUAGUUUUAGGUUUUCUGGUUGCUUUCUGGUAUUCUUCAGUGCUGUUUUGGGCCCAUCUGUAUGAAUUUCUGAUGUUGUACAGCUUACUGGGCUGUGAAUGCGUCUCUCUCUCUCCACACACACCGCAUCGAAUGUUGAUUUGCUGUUCGUCUGCCGUUCGUCUGCCGUUUGUCUGCCGUUCGUUCGGCGUGGUGUGUUUUAGGGAUCACCCACUACAUUUAGAAUCGGUUUGCACAAGGUUUGCAAAUUGCGGCUGGCACUCUGUUCAGAGGUCAUAUGUAAUCUCGGCCAGCAAACGCUGCCGGUGUGUCCGUGCCUUAAGGGAGUGACCAGUGGUCUGGGGAUUGUUAGUUUGUGUUUACUGUUUUAGCUUCAGGGUGGGGUGCAGGAUUAAACUCGGAGGGCCACGUUCUUCUGAUGUUCACCUAAAUAGACAUGUUCUCACUUGACUUAAACCCUUUUUCUGAAUGGGUAGCAUAGGUCAUCUACAAAUGUCCCCCAGGGGACUCCGUAUUGGGUGUUUUUCCAUUUAUUUCCAGAUCGUUUUCAUUUCCUUCCUUUAGGUUUCCACAUAUAUAGACUUUAUUGACAUUUUAUAUCCGCUUGCCUCUGUUAAACUGAAUGUAACAGGAAGACACUGAGUCAUCCUCUGUCCAUACAUAGAGUACAGGAUGUUAUGAGAAAAGUGCAGCAGGAGCAAGCUGCUUAUGACCAAGCUGUAGUUUAGCUCCAGAGUCAGGAAGAAGCAGCUGAUGAGCUGGUUAACUCUUAGUCUCAGGGUAUAAGACAGGUUUGAGCCACUGGCUCAUUUUGCUGUGUGGCUGUGAGCAGAGUUUAAGGGGUUAAGUCUCUGCUGUUUGCCCUCAUGAGUUAAACUCCUCAUGUAGAAUGUAGAGGGAUCAGACUACUGCACAAUGCAAUAUGCAGGCUCUCUCUCUUUUUCUCUCUCUUUCUCUCCCGCUUUCUCCCUCAAUCACUAAGUAUUUCACGCUCUGUCUCGUACUGUUUGUCUCAGUCUUUCCCUUUCUCUCCUCUUCCCCCUUAAUCCCUCUUUCAUUGUAAUUUUUUUCUUAUGUAGAUUUUAAUAUAUUAGCUAUAAAAUCAUCUAUGAAACAAAAUACAUAGUUAUUAAUCCCUCUUUCUCUUUAUAAUAGUCUUGUUCUCUUUUUCGGACUUCUCUCUGUUGUUCAGACACGCCCUAGUAUACCCUGGAGUGUGUCAGUUGAAUCUCCACCACUACCCUCCACUCCUCCUUCUCCUCCUCCUCCAUCCCUCUCUCGCUCCUCCACUCCUCUACUUGCCUUUGGUAGGCACUGGCCUGCUCUCAACCAAUCAGAUCUCCCAAACCGGGACUUACCCACUAACAUACAUAAUGCACACAAAACAUUCUGAAACUCACUACUUAUUUUCUGAUAUCCACAAAAUAACAGAAAUACGAUAUUUAUUAAGAUAUCUCAAAAUGAGUUUUGGUGCCAAGUUAAUAAUUCUGUCACACACAGAGCACAAAUACGAACAGUAUCUUAGAGGAGACGAGGAGGAUAAAAAAAGAAAAAAAAUUAAAUACCGUACAGGCUUCCUCAACAACUGAAGUUCUGAAACCCCCAUCAUCUUGUGACUUCCUUCCUCUGCUGAAAACUGCUGCAUAGCGCACACACAGGCGCAUGCACACAUUCACACACACAUGCAUGCACGCACACACACACAUACACACACACAAAUACACACACAGGCACACACACACAAACAUACACACACACAGAAUGACUGCAUAGAGCCCACACACAGCGCAUGGUAGGGUCUUUGUUUAUCAAACAAGAUCACCACAGAUUUGUGGGGGCAGGAUACAGUUGAAGUCGGAAGUUCAAAUACACCUUAUCCAAAUACAUUUAAACUCAGUUUUUCACAAUUUCUGACAUUUAAUCCUAGUAAAAAUUCCCUGUCUUAGGUCAGUUAGGAUCACCACUUUAUUUUACGAAUGUGAAAUGUCAGAAUAAUAGUAGAGAGAAUUAUUUAUUUCAGCUUUUAUUUCUUUCAUCACAUCCCCAGUGGGUCAGAAGUUUACAUACACUCAAUUAGUAUUUGGUAGCAUUGCCUUUAAAUUGUUUAACUUGGGUCAAAUGUUUCGGGUAGCCUUCCACAAGCUUCCCACAAUAAGUUAGGUGAAUUUUGGCCCAUUCCUCCUGACAGAGAUGGUGUAACUGAGUCAGAUUUGUAGGCCUCCUUGCUCGCACACGUUUUUUCAGUUCUGCCCACACAUUUUCUAUAGGAUUGAGGUCAGGGCUUUGUGAUGGCCACUUCAGUACCUUGACUUUGUUGUCCUUAAGCCAUUUUGCCACAACUUUGGAAGUAUGCUUGGGGUCAUUGUCCAUUUGGAAGACCCAUUUGCGACCAAGCUUUAACUUCCUGACUGAUGUCUUGAGAUGUUGCUUCAAUAUAUCCACAUAAUUUUCCUUCCUCAUGAUGCCAUCUAUUUUGUGAAGUGCACCAGUCCCUCCUGCAGCAAAGCACCCCCACAGCAUGAUGCUGCCACCCGUGCUUCACGGUUGGGAUGGUGUUCUUCAGCUUGCAAGCCACCCCCUUUUUCCUCCAAACAUAACGAUGGUCAUUAUGGCCAAACAGUUCUAUUUUUGUUUCAUCAGACCAGAGGACAUUUCUCCAAAAAGUACGAUCUUUGUCCCCAUGUGCAGUUGCAAACCAUAGUCUGGCUUUUUUAUGGCAGUUUUGGAGCAGUGGCGUCUUCCUUGCUGAGCGGCCUUUCAGGUUAUGUCGAUAUAGGACUUGUUUUACUGUGGAUAUAGACACUUUUUUACCAGUUUCCUCCAGCAUCUUCACAAGUUCCUUUGCUGUUGUUCUGGGAUUGAUUUGCACUUUUCGCACCAAAGUACGUUCAUCUCUAGGAGACAGAACGCAUCUCCUUCCUGAGCGGUAUGACGGCUGCAUGGUCCCAUGGUGUUUAUACUUGCAUACUAUUGUUUGUACAGAUGAACGUGGUACCUUCAGGCAUUUGGACAUUUUGAUUUUCCCAUGAUGUCAAGCAAAGUUUGAAGGUAGGCCUUGAAAUACAUCCACAGGUACACCUUCAGUUGACUCAAAUGAUGUCAAUUAGCCUAUCAGAAGCUUCUAAAGCCAUGACAUCAUUUUCUGGAAUUUUCCAAGCUGUUUAAAGGCACAGUCAACUUAGUGUAUGUAAACUUCUGACCCACUGGAAUUGUGAUACAGUGAAUUAUAAGUGAAAUAAUCUGUCUGUAAACAAUUGUUGGAAAAAUUACUUGUGUCAUGCACAAAGUAGAUGUCCUAACCGAUUUGCCAAAACUAUAGUUUGUUAACGAGAAAUUUGUGGAGUGGUUGAAAAACGAGUUUUAAUUACUCCAACCUAAGUGUAUGUAAACUUCCGACUUCAACUGUAUAUAAAUAUUAGGAUGAGCAAUGUCGGAGUGGCAUUGACAAAUACAGUUGAAUAGAAUGCAGUAUAUACAUAUGAGAUGAGUAAAGCAGUAUGUAAGCAUUAUUAAAGUGACUAGUGUUCCAUUAUUAAAGUGUGUAUAUAUGUAUAUAGGGCAGCAGCCUCUAAGGUGCAGGGUUGAGUAGCUGGGUGGUAGUUGGCUAGUCUGAUGGCCUUGAGAUAGAAGCUGUUUUUCAGUUUCUCGGUCCCAGCUUUGAUGCACCUCUACUGAUCUCGCCUUCUGGAUGAAAGUGGGGUGAACAGGCCGUGGCUCGGGUGGUUGAUGUCCUUGAUGAUCUUUUUGGCCUUCCUGUGACAUCGGGUGCUGUAGGUGUCCUGGAGGGCAGGCAGUGUGCCCCUGGUGAUGCGUUGGGCAGAUCGUACCACCCUCUGGAGAGCCCUGUGGUUGCGGUUAGUGCAGUUGCCAUACCAGGCGGUGAUACAGCCCGACAGGAUGCUCUCAAUUGUGCAUCUGUAGAGGUUUCUGAGGGUCUUAGGGGCGAAGCCAAAUUUCUUCAGCCUCCUGAGGUUGAAGAGGCACUGUUGCGCCUUCUUCACCACACUGUCUGUGUGGGUGGACCAUUUCAGAUUGUCAGUGAUGUGUGAUGAACUUGAAGCUUUCCACCUUCUCCACUGUGGUCCCGUCGAUGUUUCCUGAUGUCCAUGAUCAGCUCCUUCAUUUUGUUGACGUUGAGAGAGAGGUUGUUUUCCUGGCCCCACUCUGCCAGAGCCCUCACCUCCUCCCUGUAGGCUGUCUCGUCAUUAUUGGUAAUCAGGCCUACUACUGUUGUGUCGUCUGCAAACUUGAUGAUUGAGUUGGAGGUGUGCGUGGCCACACAGUCAUGGGCGAACAACGAGUACAGGAGGGGGCUGAGCACGCACCCUUGUGGGGCCCCUGUGUUGAGGAUCAGCGAAGUGGAGGUGUUGUUUCCUAACUUCACCACCUGGGGGCGGCCCGUCAGGAAGUCCAGGACCCAGUUGCACAGGGCGGGGUUCAGACCAAGGGCCCCAAGCUUAAUGAUGAGCAUGGAGGGUACUAUGGUGUUGAAGGCUGAGCUAUAGUCAAUGAACAGCAUUCUGACAUAGGUAUUCCUCUUGUCCAGAUGGGAUAGGGCAUUGUGCAGUGCGGUGGCGAUUGCAUCGUCUGUGGAUCUAUUGGGGCGGUAAGAAAAUUGUAGUGGAUCUAGUGUGUCAGGUAAGGUAGAGGUGAUAUGAUACUUAACUAGCCUCACAAAGCACUUCAUGAUGAUAGAAGUGAGUGCUACGGGGCGAUAGUCAUUUAGUUCAGUUACCUUUGCUUUCUUGGGUACAGUAACAAUGGUGGACAUCUUGAAGCAAGUGUCCGUAAACACUCCAGCCAGCUGGUCUGCGCAUGCUCUGAGGAUGUGGCUAGGGAUGCCGUCUGGGCCGGCAGCCUUGCGAGGGUUAACACGCUUAAAUGUCUUACUCACGUCGGCCACGGAGAACGAGAGCCCACAGUCCUUGGGAGCGGGCCGCAUCGGUGGCACUGUUAUCCUCAAAGCGGGCGAAGAAGGUGUUUAGCUUGUCUAGGAGCAAGACGUCGGUGUCCGCGACGUGGCUGGUUUUCCCUUUGUAAUCCGUGAUUGUCUGUAGAUCCUGCCACAUAUGUCUUGUGUCUGAGCCGUUGAAUUGCGACUCCACUUUGUCUCUGUACUGAUGUUUUGCCUGUUUGAUUGUCUUACGGAGGGAAUAACUACACUGUUUGUAUUCGACUGCAUUCCCAAUCACCUUGCCAUGGUUAAAUGUGGUGGUUCGCGCUUUCAGUUUUGCGCGGAUUCUGCCAUCUAUCCACGGUUUCUGGUUUGGGUAGGUUUUAAUGGUCACCGUGGGAACAACAUCCCCUAUACACUUCCUGAUGGACUCAGUCACUGUGUCUGUGUAAGCGUCAAUGUUAUUCGCAGAGGCUACCCGGAACAUAUCCCAGUCCGCGUGAUCAAACAAUCUUGAAGCAUGGAUUCCGAUUGGUCAGACCAGCGUUGAAUAGACCUUAGCAUGGGUACUUCCUGUUUGAGUUUCUGCCUAUAGGAAGGGAGGAGCAAAAUGGAGUCGGGAUCUGAUUUGCGGAUAGGGCCUAGCAGGCAUCUCGAAAAGGCGAGUAGCAGUGAUCUAGUGUUUUCCCUAAGCGAGUACUACAGUCAAUGUGUUGAUAGAACUUCAGUAGCGUUUUCCUCAAAUUUUCUUUGUUAAAAUCUCCAGCUUCAAUAAAUGCAACCUCUGGAUAUGUGGUUUCCAGUUUGCAUAAAAUGCAGUGUAGUUCCUUGAGGACUGUCAUGGUAUCGGCUUGAGGGGAAAUAUACACGGCUGUGACUAUAACCGAAGAGAAUUAUCUUGGGAGGUAAUACGGUCGGCAUCUGAUUGUGAGGCAUUCUAGGUCGGGUGAACAAAAGGACUUGAGUUUCUGUAUGUUAUCACAAUCACACCAUGAGUAGUUAAUCAUGAAGCAUACACCUCCGCCUUUCUUCUUCCCGGAGAGUUCUUUAUUCCUGUCUGCGCGAUGAACUGAGAACCCAGCUUGCUGUAUGAACAGGGACAGUAUUUCCAGAGAGAGCCAUGAUUCCGUAAAACAGAGUAUGUUACAGUCCCUGAUGUCUCUCUGGAAGGAGAUCCUCGCUCUGAGCUCGUCUACUUUAUUGUCCAGAGACUGAACAUUAGCAAUAUACUCGGAAGUGGUGGAUGGUGUGCCCACCUCCUGAGUCGGACUAGAAGUCCACUCCGAAUACCUCUUCUCCACCGGCGGCGACUUGGAGCAGCCUCUGGGAUAAGUUAAAUUGCCCUGGGGGGUACGAACAAAGGAUUCAAUUCGGGAAAGUCAUAUUCCUGGUCGUAAUGCUGGUGAGUUACUGCCUCUAUGAUAUCCAAACGUUAUUUCCGGCUGUAUGUAAUAACACAAAAAAACGUUCUGGGCUAGUAAUGUAAGAAAUAACACACAAAAACACUAAAUACUGCAAAGUUGCUUAGGAGCUAGAAGCAGAGCUGCCGUCUGUUGGCGCCAUCUUGUGGUGUAUUUAAGAAUGAUGGAGGCCACUGUGUUCUUCGGGACCUUCAAUGCUGCAGAAAGUUUGUGAUACCCUUCCCCAGAUCUCAAAUCAAAUCAAAUAGUUUUUGCCACAUGCGCCGAAUACAACAGGGGUAGACCUUACAGUGAAAUGCUUACUUACAAGCCCAUAACCAACAAUGCAGUUUAUAAGAACAUUAAAAAAAAAAAGUUAAAUAAAAAAUAGCAAAUAAUUCAAAAGCAGCAGUAAAAUAAAAUAACAGUAGGGAGGCUAUAUACAGGGGUACCGGUACAGAGUCAAUGUGCGGGGGCACCGGUUAGUCGAGGUAAUUGAGGUAAUAUGAUAUCUCCAUCUCUUUCUCAUGCAAAUGACAGGGAUUUGGGCCUUGUCGGGUGUCUGUAGAAUAUCCUUCGCGUCCGAAUCGUUGAAGAAAAAAUCUUAGCUCUUUUUGGUCAUAAGAGACGGUGCCAGAAACAUUAUGUACAGAAUACAACACAAUCCUGUCUCGGUGCUCUACGGACAAUUCCUUCGACCUCAUGACUUGGUUUUUGCUCUGACAUGCACUGUCCACUGUGGGACCUUAUAUAGACAGGUGUGUGCCUUUCCAAAUAAUGUCCAGUCAAUUGAAUUUACCACAGGUGGACACCAAUCAAGUUGUAGAAACAUCUCAAGGAUGAUCAAUGGAAACAGGGUGCACCCUACCAUUGUGUCGCUGAGUUGUCAUAAUGCUUCAGCAAAUGUACAUUAUCCUAGGGGCGUUAGAAGACACAAUGUAAGUAACCUAAUUUAUGUCCCUCUUACUGCCCUGAUUGCCUCUGCUGAUCCUAUAGCUAUUGUAUGCAGUAAUCAUAUGCCUAUGAACCAGAGUAAUACUGUUAGCACUGAGGUGGUGUGCCCUAGCAGGAAGUCCACUGUGUGCAGCUCACCCUGCACUAAUAAAAAUAACUUGAGCAUGUCUACCUCUGCCAAGCUUCCCAGGAAAGUGUUAAAAAUAGCCCACGUUAACAUAUGUAGCUUAAGAAACAAGGUUCAUGAAAUUAAUAGUUUGCUAGUAACAGAUGACAUUCAUAUUCUGACAAUCUCUGAAACACACUUAGAUAAUACCUUUGAUGAUACAGUGGUAGCAAUACAUGGUUAUAAGAUCUACAGAAAGACAGAAAUGCCAAAGGUGGAGGUGUGGCAACUUAUAUUCAAAACCACAUUCCUGUAAAACUUAGAGAGGAUCUCAUGUUAAAUACUGUUGUAGUAAUAUGGCUACAGCUUCAUCUGCCUCACCUUCAUCUGCUAUAGACCACAAAGUGCUAACAGUCAGUAUCUGGAUAAUGUGUGAAAUGCUUGAUAAUGUAUGUGAUAUCAAUAGAGAGGUAUAUUUUCUGGGUGAUUUAAAUAUUGACUGGCUCUCAUCAGGCUGCCCACUCAAGAGAAAGCUUCAAACUGUAACUAGUGCCUGCAACCUGGUUCAGGUUAUCAAUCAACCUACCUGGGUAGUUACAAACAGCACAGGAAUGAAAUCAUCAACAUGUAUUGAUCAUAUCAUUACUAAUGCUGCAGAAAUUUGUUUGAAAGCAGUAUCCAAAUCGGAUGUGGUGACUACGGUAUAGUAGCCAUAUCUAGGAAAACCAAAGUUCCAAAGGCUGUGGACCUAAUAUAGUGUAUAAGAGGUCAUACAAUACGUUUUGUAGGGAUUCCUAUGUUUUUGAUGUAAAGAAUAUAUGUUGGUCUGUGGUGUGUAAUGACGAGCAACCAGACGCUACACUUGACACAUUUAUGAAAUUGCUUAUCCCAGUUACUAAUAAGCAUGCACCCAUUAAGAAAAUGAUUGUAAAAACUGUUAAAUCCCUGUGGAUUGAUGAGGAAUUGAAAAAUGGUAUGGUUGAAAGGGAUGAGGCAAAAGAGAUGGCAAAUAAGUCUGGCUGUACAACCGAUUGGCAAACGUACUGCAAAUUGAGAAAUCAUGUGACUAAACUGAAUAAAAAGAUUAAGAAACUACACUAUGAAAAUGACAUAAAGAAUUAUAGUAAAAAGCUUUGGAGCACCUUAAAUGAAACUUUGGGCAAAAAGGCUAACUCCGCUCCAUCAUUCAUUGAAUCAGAUGGCUCAUUCAUCACAUUCCCACUGAUAUUGGCAACUACUUUAAUUUUUUUUUAAUUGGCAAGAUUAGCAAACUUAGGCACGACAUGCUAGCAACAAACACUGACACUACACAUCCAAGUAUAUCUGGCCAAAUUAUGAAAGACAAGCAUUGUAAUUUUGAAUUCUGUAAAGUAAGUGUGGAAGAGGUGAAAAAAAUUAUUGUUGUCUAUCAACAAUGACAAGCCACCGGGGUCUGACAACUUGGAAGGAAAAUUACUGAGGAUAAUAGCGGACAAUAUUGCCACUCCUAUUUGCCAUAUCUUCAAUUUAAGCCUCCUAGAAAGUGUGUGCCCUCAGGCCUGGAGGGAAGCAAAAGUUAUUCCCCUACCUAAGAAUAGUAAAGCGCCCUUUACUGGCUCAAAUAGCCGACCAAUCAGCCUGUUACCAACCCUUAGUAAACUUUUUGGGAAAAUGUUGUUUGACCAGAUACAAUGCUAUUUUACAGUAAACAAAUUGACAACAGACUUUCAGCUCACUUAUAGGGAAGGACAUUCAACAAGCACUUACACAAAUGACUGAUGAUUGGCUGAGAGAAAUUGAUGAUAACAUAUUGUGGGGGCUGUUUUGUUAGACUUCAGUGCAGCUUUUUACAUUAUCAAUCAGAGUAUGCUGCUGGAUAAAAGUACGUGUCAUGGCUUUACACCCCCUGCUAUAUUGUGGAUAAAGAGUUACCUGUCUAACAGAACACAGAGGGUGUUCUUUAAUGGAAGCCUCUCUCAACAAAAUCCAGGUAGAAUCAGGAAUUCCUCACGGCAGCUGUCUAGGCCCCUUACCUUUUUCAAUCUUUACUAACGGCAUGCCACUGGCUUUGAGUAACACUAUACACGUCAGUUACUACAGCGACUGAAAUGACUGCAACACUUAACAAAGAGCUGCAGUUAGUUUCAGAAUGGGUUAGUCCUAAAUAUAUAUCUAUGUAUGCGGAUGACUCUACACUAUACACGUCAGCUACCACAGCGACUGAAAUGACAGCAACAUUUAACAAAGAGCUGCAGUUAGUUUCAGAAUGGGUGUCAAGGAAUAAGUUAGUCCUAAAUAUUUCAAAAACUAAAAGCAUUGUAUUUAGGACAAAUCAUUCACUAAACCCUAAACCUCAACUAAAUAUUGUAAUGAAUCAUGUGGAAAUUGAGCAAGUUGAGGAGACUAAACUACCAAUUUGUAAGUCGCUCUGGAUAAGAGCAUCUGCUAAAUGACUUAAAUGUAAAUGUACAUGUAAACUGCUUGGAGUAACCCUGGAUUGUAAACUGUCAUGGUCAAAAUAUAUUGAUACAACAAUAGCUAGGAUGGGGAGAAGUCUGUCUAAUAAAGCGCUGCUCUGCAUUCUUAACAGCACUAUCAACAAGGCAGAUCCUACAGGCCCUAGUUUUGUCGCACCUAGACUACUGUUCAGUCGUGUGGUCAAGUGCCACAAAGAGGGACUUAGGAAAAUUGCAAUUGGCUCAGAACAGGGCAGCACGGCUGGCCCUUUCAUGUACACAGAGAGCUAACAUUAAUAAUAUGCAUGUCAAUCUCUCCUGGCUCAAAGUGGAAGAGAGAUUGACUUCAUCACUACUUGUAUUUGUGAGAGGUAUUGACAUGUUGAAUGCAUACCCCACAAGACAUGCCACCAGAGGUCUCUUCACAGUCCCCAAGUCCAGAACAGACUAUGGGAGGCGCACAGUACUACAUAGAGCCAUGACUACAUGGAACUCUAUUCCACAUCAAGUAACUCAUGCAAGCAGUAAAAUGUGAUUUAAAAAACAGAUAGAAAUACACCUUAUGGAACAGUGGGGACUGUGAAGCAACACAAACAUAGAAACAUGCAUACAAACACACGAUAGCAUACGCACUAUACACACACGUACACAUGGAUUUUGUGUUAUAGAUAUGUGGUAGUAGAGUAGGGGCCUGAGGGAACACACUGAAUAUGUUGUGAAAUCUGUUUUGAAUGUAUUGUAAUGUUUUUUAAAUAUAUACAGUGGGGAGAACAAGUAUUUUAUACACUGCCGAUUUUGCAGGUUUUCCUACUUACAAAGCAUGUAGAGGUCUGUAAUUUUUAUCAUAGGUACACUUCAACUGUGAGAGACGGAAUCUAAAACAAAAAUCCAGAAAAUCACAUUGUAUGAUUUUUAAGUAAUUAAUUUGCAUUUUAUUGCAUGACAUAAGUAUUUGAUACAUCAGAAAAGCAGAACUUAAUAUUUGGUACAAAAACCUUUGUUUGCAAUUACAGAGAUCAUACGUUUCCUGUAGGUCUUGACCAGGUUUGCACAGGGAUUUUGGCGCACUCCUCCAUACAGACCUUCUCCAGAUCCUUCAGGUUUCGGGGCUGUCGCUGGGCAAUACGGACUUUCAGCUCCCUCCAAAGAUUUUCUAUUGGGUUCAGGUCUGGAGACUGGCUAGGCCACUCCAGGACCUUGAGAUGCUUCUUACGGAGCCACUCCUUAGUUGCCCUGGCUGUGUGUUUCGGGUCGUUGUCAUGCUGGAAGACCCAGCCACGACCCAUCUUCAAUACUCUUACUGAGGGAAGGAGGUUGUUGGCCAAGAUCUCGCGAUACAUGGCCCCAUCCAUCCUCCCCUCAAUACGGUGCAGUCGUCCUGUCCCCUUUGCAGAAAACCAUCCCCAAAGAAUGAUGUUUCCACCUCCAUGCUUCACGGUUGGGAUGGUGUUCUUGGGGUUGUACUCAUCCUUCUUCUUCCUCCAAACACGGCGAGUGGCGUUUAGACCAAAAAGCUCUAUUUUUGUCUCAUCACACCACAUGACCUUCUCCCAUUCCUCCUCUGGAUCAUCCAGAUGGUCAUUGGCAAACUUCAGAUGGGCCUGGACAUGCACUGGCUUGAGCAGGGGGACCUUGCAUGCGCUGCAGGAUUUUAAUCCAUGACGGCGUAGUGUGUUACUAAUGGUUUUCUUUGAGACUGUGGUCCCAGCUCUCUUCAGGUCAUUGACCAGGUCCUGCCGUGUAGUUCUGGGCUGAUCCCUCACCUUCCUCAUGAUCAUUGAUGCCCCAACGAGGUGAGAUCUUGCAUGGAGCCCCAGACCGAGGGUGAUUGACCGUCAUCUUGAACUUCUUCCAUUUUCUAAUAAUUGCGCCAACAGUUGUUGCCUUCUCACCAAGCUGCUUGCCUAUUGUCCUGUAGCCCAUCCCAGCCUUGUGCAGGUCUACAAUUUUAUCCCUGAUGUCCUUACACAGCUCUCUGGUCUUGGCCAUUGUGGAGAGGUUGGAGUCUGUUUGAUUGAGUGUGUGGACAGGUGUCUUUUAUACAGGUAACGAGUUCAAACAGGUGCAGUUAAUACAGGUAAUGAGUGGAGAACAGGAGGGCUUCUUAAAGAAAAACUAACAGGUCUGUGAGAGCCGGAAUUCUUACUGGUUGGUAGGUGAUCAAAUACUUAUGUCAUGCAAUAAAAUGCAAAUUAAUUACUUAAAAAUCAUACAAUGUGAUUUUCUGGAUUUUUGUUUUAGAUUCCGCCUCUCACAGUUGAAGUGUACCUAUGAUAAAAAUUACAGACCUCUACAUGCUUUGUAAGUAGGAAAACUUGCAAAAUCGGCAGGGUAUCAAAUACUUGUUCUCCCCACUGUAACUGCCCAGGAAUGGGGAUCCAUAAUAAAUACAAAUACAAAUGCCUGAUCUAAAUUUAAAGUCUCAUAGCAAAGGGUCUGAAUACUUAUGUAAAUAAGGUAUUUCUGUUCUUUAUUUUUAAAACAUUUGCAAAAAUUUAUAAAAACCUGUUUUUGCUUUGUCAUUAUGGGGUAUUGUGUGUAGAUUGAUGAGGGGAAAAUAUAAUAUCAUCCGUUUUCGAAUAAGGCUGUAACGUAACAAAAUGUGUAAAAAGUGAAGGGGUCUGAAUACUUUCCCGAAUGCACUGUACUCUGUAGACAGGCCCAUGACAAAAGUUUAAAACUGUAUGAAAAUCCCUUGGGGUCUGAGAGAGAUAGAGAAAGAGAGAGAUAUGGACAACGAUAGGUAAAGAGAGAGAGAGAGCUGUUUGCUCAGCAAGCGUUUCUCAGGAGCAGUAGAGCAGAGGUGCCAGUCUGGGUGUGAACAUGGAAGACACCCAUGACCGUGUCCCAAAAUCAUUUGGGACACCUCUCUCCUAAUAGAACUAUGACACAGACAUGUCAUGGAGGUCACAAUGUCAGUUAAAUGAAAUGCCUCUGCAAGGUUCUACACAUGCCAUUCGGUUGUGAGUAGUAAACGUUAAAGACUUAAGAGCUCCAGCAGUUACACACACUCACUCACACACUCACUCACUCACUCACUUACUCACUCACUCACUCACUCACUCACUCACUCACUCACAUUCACUCACACACUCACACACACACUCACACAGCUCUAGCAGUGCACACAAACACACACAGAUAAACACUAACACGCACAUGGUCCAUUCAUACAUACAGUGCCUUGCAAAAGUAUUGUUUUUCCUAUUUUGUUGCAUUACAACCUGUAAUUUAAAUGGAUUUUAUUUGGAUUUCAUGUAAUGGACAUACACAAAAUAGUCUAAAUUGUUUAAGUGAAAUUAUAAAAAAUAACUUGUUUAAAGAAAAUCUAAAAAAUAAAUAACUGAAAAGUGGUGUGUGCAUAUGUAUUCACCCCCUUUGCUAUGAAGCCCCUAAAUAAGAUCUGGUGCUACCAACUACCUUCAGAAGUCACAUAAUUAGUUAAAUAAAGUCCACCUGUGUGCAAUCUAAGUGUCACAUGAUCUCAGUAUAUAUACACCUGUUCUGAAAGGCCCCAGAGUCUGCAACACCACUAAGCAAGGGGCACCACCAAGCAAACGGCACCAUGAAGACCAAGGAGCUCUCCAGACAGGUCAGGGACAAAGUUGUGGAGAAGUACAGAUUAGGGUUGGGUUAUAAAAAAAUAUCUGAAACUUUUAACAUCCCACGGAGCACCAUUAAACCCAUUAUUAUGAAUAUGGCACCACAACAAACCUGCCAAGAGAGGGCUGCCCACCAAAACUCACGGACCAGGCAAGGAGGGCAUUAACCAGAGAGGCAACAAAGAGACCAAAGAUAACACUGAAGGAGCUGCAAAGCACCACAGCGGAGAUUGGAGUAUCUGUCCAUAGGACCACUUUAAGCUGUACACUCCACAGAGCUAGGUUUUACGGAAGAGUGGCCACAAAGAAGCCAUUGCUUAAAGAAAAAAAUAAGCAAACACGUUUGGUGUUCGCCAAAAUGCACGUGAGAGACUCCCCAAACAUAUGGAAGAAGGUAAUCUGGUCAGAUGAGACUAAAAUUGAGCUUUUUGGCUAUCAAGGAAAACGCUAUGUCUGGCGCAAACCCAACACCUCUCAUCACCCUGAGAACACCAUCCCCACAGUGAAGCAUGGUGGUGGCAGCAUCAUGCUGUGGGGAUGUUUUUCAUCGGCAGGGACUGGGAAACUGGUCAUAAUUGAAGGAAUGAUGGAUGGCGCCAAAUACAGUGAAAUUCUUGAGGGAAACCUGUUUCAGUCUUCCAGAGAUUUGAGACAGGGAUGGAUGUUCACCUUCCAGCAGGACAAUGACCCUAAGCAUACUGCUAAAGCAACACUUGAGUGGUUUAAGGGGAAACAUUUAAAUGUCUUGGAAUGGCCUAGUCAAAGCCCAGACCUCAAUCCAAUUGAGAAUCUGUGGUAUGACUUAAAGAUUGCUGUACACCAGCGGAACCCAUCCAACUUGAAGGAGGGGGGGGGGGGGGUUAAUACUUGCCAAAGGGGGUGAGUACUUUCGCAAGCCACUGUACCAUGUGAAAGCAUUAUUUACACAAUUAUUCUGUAAUGAAUAACCAAUGUAACUCAUUGAGAAUAAUGUUUUAGUGUUUUGGCUGGCAUCCAGAUCCCUGACACACACCAUUCUAUUUCCUCCACUACUUGUCCAGGCUGACUGUGGUGAAAUGUAACUGGUUUAUCCUGUGGUUAGGUAACUCUACCACUCAACCCAGCCACAGCACACAGCAAGCUGAUAACACAGUUUACUCUGGCUUAUCCUGCCUGGGCAAAAUGGGUCAGGUUACUGCACUGUACAAGUAGUGUCAACAUACACACACACAGGCCUUGCAUACUUUAUGUGCAGGCUGACACACAGACAGACAGUCUGCACACAGUUAUACAGUCAUGAGGGCAAUAAAAACCUCACCAUAUCAUCAAAGGCACCAGGCUGUACGUUUCAUAUACCACCCUGUAGAAUAAAAGUGUUGAAUUGAGCAUACAGUGCAUUCAGAAAGUAUUCAGACCUCUUUACUUUUUCCACAUUUUGUUACAUUACAGCCUUAUUCUAAAAUGGAUUAAGUACAUUUCUUUCCUCAUCAAUCUACACACAAUACCCCAUAAUGACAAAGCAAAAACAGGUUUUUAGAAAUGUUUGCAAAUGUGUAAAAACAACAAAAACAGAAAUACCUUAUUUACAUAUGUAUUCAAACCCUUUGCUAUGAGACUAGAAAUUGAGCUCGGGUGCAUCCUGUUUCCAUUGAUCAUCCUUGAGAUGUUUCUACAACUUGAUUGGAGUCCACCUGUGGUAAAAUUCAAUUGAUUGGACAUAAUUUGGAAAGGCACACACCUGUCUAUAUAAGGUCUCACAGUUGACAGUGCAUGUCAGAGCAAAAACCAAGCCAUGACGUCAAAGGAAUUGUCCGUAGAGCUCCGAGACAGGAUUGUAUCAAGGCACAGAUCUGGGGAAGGGUACCAAAACAUUUAUGUAGCAUUGAAGGUCCCCAAGAACACAGUGGCCUCCAUCAUUCUUAAAUGGAAGAAGUUUGGAACCACCAAGACUCUUCCUAGAGCUGGCCACUCGGCCAAACUGAGCAAUCGGGGGAGAAGGGCCUUGGUCUGGGAGGUGACCAAGAACCCCAUGGUCACUCUGACAGAGCUCCAGAGUUCCUCUGUGGAGAUGGGAGAACCUUUCAGAAGGACAACCAUCUCAGCAGCACUCCACCAAUCAGGCCUUUAUGGUAGAGUGGCAAACGGAAGCCACUGGAGUUUGCCAAAAGGCACCUAAAGGACUCUCAGACCAUGAAAAAUGUGAUUCUCUGGUCUGAUGAAACCAAGACUGAACUCUUUGGCCUGAAUGCCAAGCGUCACGUCUGGAGGAAACCUGGCACCAUCCCUACAGUGAAGCAUGGUGGUGGCAGCAUCAUGCUGUGGGGAUGUUUUGCAGAGGCAGGGACUGGGAGACUAGUCAGGAACGAGGGAAAGAUGAACGGAGCAAAGUACAGAGAGAUCCUUGAUGAAAACCUUCUACGGAGAGCUCAGGACCUCAGACUGGGGUGAAAGUUCACCUUCCAACAGGACAAGGACCCUAAGCACACAGCCAAGACAACGCAGGAGUGGCUUUGGGACAAGUCUCUGAAUGUCUUUGAGUGGCCCAGCCAGAGCCCGGACUUGAACCCGAUCGAACAUCUCUGGAUACACCUGAAAAUAGCUGUGCAGCGACGCUCUCCAUCCAACCUGACAGAGCUUGAGAGAAGCUGCAGAGAAGAAUGGGAGAAACUCCCCAAAAACAGGUGUACCAAGCUUGUAGCGUCAUACCCAAGGAGACUCGAGGCUGCCAAAGGUGCUUCAACAAAGUACUGAGUAAAGGAUCUGAAUACUUAUGUAAAUGUAUAUUAACGUUUUAUGUAUUUUUUUAAUAAAAAAAAAUUGCUUUGUCAUUAUGGGGUAUUGUGUGUAGAUUGAGGAAAAUAACAAUUUAAUCAAUUUUAGAAUAAGGCUGUAACGUAACAAAAUGUAGAGCGGUCUGAAUACUUUCCGAAUGCACUGUAUGUAUAAUAAAAAAUACAAUUUAGGGCAAAAAAUUACUAAACUUCUUUAGUAAAUCAUUGUGGUCAAUCAUAUUGUCCUUUAUUUCCAUGUGCUGUAAGUGAGACUGUAUAAACUGUGUUAUAGCAUUCUCCCCGUUGAACAAGUCUUGUGUAAGAUGUUUGUAACCAUAAUUUCAACAGUUGUACUCAUUGUGAUAGCUAAGUGUUUCUCCCUCUCUCUGUCUCAUCUUCAGAUCGCAGACACGUACUCCACCGUGUGUAAACCACAGAAGAAGAAACCUUCCCCGUACAACAGUGGAGCCAAUACCCUCCCCCGCAACCACUGCUCUGGGGAGAAGAAUGGAGGAGGUAGGGGAGGAGGAGCAGGAGGGAAUGAGGGAGGGAACAGGGCGUGGGGUGGUCCCGGUGAAGGGGCGAGAGGUGGCGGUCGGGGGAUCCAGGGUGGCCAGGCCAGAUCCCACGAGGAGCCCUGCUACGAGCCCGUCGGUGACAGGUCCUGGCCCGGCUGCGUGGUGGCCGAGUCAGACCCGGCGUAUGCCACUAUCGACUCCCACCGGAAACGUGAGUGGGCAGGAACCAAUAACGGUGCGCUGGGGGCGAACGCAACACUGAAGCCCAGGAAGAAGCCUCCUCAGCAGGGAGCGUCGUCUCCAGAGGCCCCGUGCCCCCAGGGACCUCCAGCAUGCCCCCCGGCCCCUCCGUCCAGGGCCUUGCCUGGGGGGGAGAACUUCUAUGAGACCAUCAGCGAUGUGAAACAGGGGGCCAACAGCGCCAGCACCACCACCAUCUUCACCUUCAACGACGGGAUGGAGAUGUACGUCACUGGCCUGUAG